GUUCCUUCUUCUCCUUUCUCGCUUUCUCAUCACUCUCUGCUCUGGAAUCCAGCUCUCCCCUUAAACCGCCAUUUGCACUUCUUCCCUCCUGCUUCCCUCUCGUCAUUUCCUUCGCUUUCUCUCUUUGUUCCAGGAGAACGAAUAUGAGGAAAAAAACCCACUUAAAGUUUGAGCCUUUACUCAUUUUCCUUUCUGGAUUAUUUUCAGUCUUCGUCUUCGUUGAGUCUCAAGCAAACCCUAGCCCAGAUGCUGCUGCAAUGGAAACUCUUAAGAAGAGUCUCAACGUCCCUGAUACUAUUGGAUGGUCUGAUUCGGACCCCUGCAAAUGGAACCAUGUUGUCUGCGAUCAAAGUCGGGUCACGCGGAUCCAAAUCGGACGUCUAGGUCUUCAAGGUACUCUUCCUCCCAGUCUUGGAGAUCUCACCGAGUUACAGCGCUUGGAGCUUCAGUAUAAUAACAUUUCGGGUCCUCUUCCUAGCUUAAAGGGGUUGGGUUCUUUGCAAGUGCUUAUGCUUAGUAACAACCAAUUUAAUUCGAUCCCUAGCGAUUUUUUUGCUGGCAUGUCUCAGCUUGAAUCCGUGGAGAUCGACAACAACCCAUUUGAGCAAUGGGAGAUACCUGAAAGUCUUCGAAAUGCUUCGUCCCUUCAGAACUUCUCGGCCAACUCGGCUAAUAUCACAGGCAAACUACCAGAUUUUCUUAAUGCAGAUGUCUUUCCUGGUUUGGUUCUUUUGCAUUUGUCCUUCAAUAACCUCGAGGGUGGGUUUCCCGCGAGCUUUUCUAGUUUGCCGAUUGGGACUUUGUGGGUUAAUGGGCAGACGGGUAAACUUAAUGGAACCAUAGAUUUUAUGCAGAAUAUGACUUCCUUGAGGGAGGUUUGGCUGCAUUCAAAUGCAUUGUCGGGUCCAUUACCAGACUUUUCAGGCUUGAAGAAUUUGGAGACCCUGAGUUUGAGGGAUAAUUCGUUUACCGGCCCUGUUCCUUCGUCAUUGAUGAGUCUUAAAUCAUUGAAAGUUGUAAAUUUGACUAAUAACUUACUUCAAGGGCCUGUGCCAGUGUUCAAUCCAGGGGUUGAAGUGGAUAUGAGUAAGGACUCGAAUGGCUUUUGCUUGCCGACUCCUGGGCAUUGUGAUCCUCGGGUGAAUAUUCUUCUUUCCAUUGUUAAACUUAUGGGAUAUCCCCAAAGGUUUGCUAAGGAAUGGAAGGGCAAUGAUCCUUGUGUUGAUUGGCUUGGGAUUACGUGUAGUAAUGGGAACAUCACUGUUGUUAAUUUUCAGAGGAUGGGUCUAUCUGGCACCAUAUCCCCAGAGUUUGCCUCACUCAAAUCACUGCAAAGAAUUAUGCUUGCUGAUAACGGUCUCACUGGCACGAUUCCGGGAGAGCUCACCACACUGCCUAUGCUUACUGAACUGAAUCUUGCUAAUAAUCAGCUUUAUGGAAAAGUCCCAUCUUUUAGGAGUAAUGUAAUUGUUGAGACGAAGGGUAACAAGGACAUAGGAAGGAUAGAAGCAGUUCAACCUUCAGGUUCAGCUUCUCCGAACCCUGCAGGUCAAGGUACAACAGGAGGAAAUGGUGGGAUUUCUGCAAAUAGUGGCAAAAAACCUUCUCAUGUUGCGGUGAUUGUAAUUGCUGUAGUUGGAGGUGUAUUUUUGGUUUCAAUGAUUGGUGUCAUAGUUUUCUGCUUGUAUAGGAUGAAGCAAAAGCAAUUAAGCAGGGUACAGAGCCCAAAUGCUCUGGUAAUUCACCCUCGUCAUUCUGGAUCGGACAAUGAAAGUUUGAAAAUAACAGUUGCUGGCUCAAGUGUCAGUGUUGGCACAGCUAGUGAAACCCAAACUGUACGUGGCAGUGAGACAGGAGGAGAUAUCCAAAUGGUUGAAGCUGGGAACAUGGUCAUUUCCAUACAAGUCCUUCGGAAUGUGACUGACAAUUUUAGUGACAAGAAUAUAUUGGGACAAGGUGGCUUCGGAACAGUAUACAAAGGUGAACUUCAUGAUGGUACCAAAAUUGCUGUGAAAAGAAUGGAGUCUGGAGCGAUAACGGGAAAGGGUGCAUCAGAAUUUAAAUCUGAAAUUGCUGUUUUGACAAAAGUUCGCCACCGGCAUCUUGUUGCACUUCUUGGCUACUGCUUGGAUGGGAAUGAAAAGCUUUUGGUGUAUGAAUACAUGCCUCAGGGUACACUAAGUAGGCAUCUGUUUAACUGGCCAGAAGAAGGAUUACAACCCUUGGACUGGAAUAGGAGGUUGACCAUUGCCUUAGAUGUGGCUAGAGGUGUUGAGUAUCUUCAUGGCUUAGCCCAUCAAAGUUUUAUACAUAGAGACUUAAAGCCCUCAAACAUCCUUCUUGGAGAUGAUAUGAGAGCGAAGGUUGCAGAUUUUGGUCUUGUCCGUCUUGCUCCAGAAGGAAAAGCCUCAAUAGAAACACGAAUUGCUGGGACGUUUGGAUACUUGGCACCAGAAUAUGCAGUUACUGGCCGUGUGACAACUAAAGUAGAUGUAUACAGCUUUGGAGUGAUACUGAUGGAAAUCAUAACUGGAAGGAAAGCACUUGAUGAAACCCAACCCGAGGAUAGCAUGCAUCUUGUAACAUGGUUCCGCAGAAUGUACAUAAAUGAUGAAUCGUUUUGCAAGGCUAUUGAUCCCGCAAUUGAUCGCAACGAGGAAACUCUUGCCAGCAUUCGCACAGUGGCAGAGCUAGCGGGCCACUGCUGUGCACGAGAGCCAUAUCAAAGGCCAGACAUGGGUCAUGCUGUGAAUGUUCUUUCCUCUUUGGCAGAACUCUGGAAGCCAUCUGAUCAGAGUUCUGAAGAUAUAUAUGGGAUUGACCUUGACAUGUCUUUGCCUCAAGCUCUUAAGAAAUGGCAGGCUUAUGAAGGUAGAGGAGGAGGUUCAGUGGACUCCUCUUCUUCUUCACUUCUUCCAAGCUUGGACAACACUCAGACAAGCAUACCAACACGCCCGUAUGGUUUUGCCGAAUCUUUCACAUCAGCAGAUGGGAGGUGACCAAUCAGGAUGGUUUGUAAAUUAUAACUGCAGUGUUCUUUCUGUGUCUUCAUCCUCUUUGCUUCCAACCAAGCUAAGGUUAAAAAAUCCUUCAAGCUGUCAUUAUGAGGUUCUUCGAUAAAAAUAUAAAUGCGGACCUUUUCUCCAGCCAAGUAUCUUUUACGUGUUAUAAUUCUAUCGAAAAUCCUUGUUUCAAGAACUUAAGAAUUACAUUGAAGGAUUUCUCAUUUGGAUCUUGCUGGCUUUUUCCAUGUCUUGUGGCACUCUCUCCUGAGGGUAACCUUGCAUUUUCUUGAACACUUGUCUAGCGAGUUUUGUAGACAAAAAGUGAGGAUAGAUUCUCUGCAGACUCUUUAGUCAUGUUUUGCUGUCUGUAUUGCUGUAUUGAAUUGUAUAUCAGGAAUUGUAACUCGGUUUCUGUUCUGGACCUUUUGAAAUGCACAUUUUUAUCUUCACAAAUAUUUUGAACUUGAA